UCUGCUUUAGCAUAAUGUCAUACCCAAGAUUCGAUGAGUAGUUAUUCAGCUGGCAUUCCGACUUCCUUCGAUCCUGCCCUUCUUUACUCCGAAUACGAUCACCCACAGAACGCACCUAGUUCCAUCUCCCACUCGGACGAACUUGAAGCAUUGCAAGCGUGCAUUGAGGAAAACAAGGCUAGGAAGAACGAAGAAGACGUGGUCAUACAACACCGUGCCUGGAACCUAGCGGAUAUUUUCAGGAGUGAAGGAGAGCAUAGCUUUGACACACCGUUGAAGCGCCGGACGCACUUCCCCAUCAAGCGUAUACCUACCGAUACUCCGACCUACGAUCCAGCUCUACCUUCCUCGCCUCCAACGUUCGCCAUGCCGCUCAUCUCGUCACCCAUCGCGUAUCCGCCGAGCUCGUCCAUGCCUCAGGCGCCGUCACCAAAGAAGAGGAAGCGUUCGAUCGAUGUGCGCAGCCCACUAAAGGAUAUGCCUAAUAAGCAGACUGCGCGCAAAGUUGGAGGAUUCCUCGACGACUCAGACAACGAGGACGAUAUUGCGGCCCUAAAGGAGCAUUCGACGAAGAGGACAGCAGUCAACAGCAUUAGAGAGCUUCCUUCGGCGCCCGAAGAGCUUGCAGAUUAUACCCCACCCGCAAGUCAGGACGAGAUCGCUGAUGCUGAAGAUGUUCCUGUCGAAGCGCUUGACGAGUACUUCGAGACGCGGCCACAGACAAAGCGCCUGCCGCUUCACAGUGCCCCUACAUCCGCACAGCCCAUGCGAGGUACAGUAGCACGAAAUGCAGCAGGAAAAGCAAUCUACAUUCCCAAAAGAGCGAAGAAGGAGGCCGUGUCUUUCGAGGAGCUGAUAGCAGCGAGGUCAGAGGCAGUGGAAGGCAAAGCACGGACAAGCUAUUACGGCAUCGACAUUCACUCGCUGAUAUACGAGGCCAAGGCUGAAGACGAGGCAAUAGUAGCCAGCCGUACGCAAGCAUUCGAGAACCUGGCCCGUCAGUCGAUCGAACAGCCAGUCAGCAAGUCUGGAAAGAGCAAUCGCACGCUGAUGUGGACUGAGAAGUACCGGGCAAAGAAGUUCACAGACCUUGUUGGAGACGAACGCACACACAGAUCAGUUUUGCGGUGGCUGAAGGGUUGGGAUCCUAUCGUCUUCCCGGGCUCUGGCAAGGCAAGGCCAAAGAGCACGAAGAAAGAUUUUGGUGAAGAUGAGCAGAGUCAUCGCAAGAUUCUGCUGUUGACGGGACCUCCAGGAUUGGGCAAGACCACACUUGCACAUGUUUGCGCGCGACAAGCCGGUUACGAAGUCCAAGAGAUCAAUGCAUCAGACGAGCGAAGUCGAGAUGUUGUCAAAGGUCGCAUUCGAGACAUGGUUGGGACUGAGAACGUACGUGGCAUCAGCUCGAACACAGCGAAUGGCAAAGUCCGCAAGGCUGGAAAGCCAGUCUGUGUAGUGGUCGAUGAGGUCGACGGUGUGGUUGGCGGAAGCAGCAAUGGUGGUGGUGGCGGCGAAGGUGGGUUCAUCACAGCGCUCAUUGAUUUGAUCCAUCUGGAUGAGAAGAACUCGAAGAUGGUGGGACAGCAGCAGGGAACAACAGGUUCCAAGAAGAAGAAAGCCGAUAAAUUUCGGCUGCUGAGGCCACUCAUCCUGAUCUGCAACGACCUGUACCAUCCUUCACUGCGACCGUUACGGCAGUCAUCAUUCGCUGAGAUUGUGCGCAUCCGCCAGCCUGCCAUGAACAUGGUCGUCACACGCAUACAAGAUAUCUUCAGCAAAGAGGGCUUCCAGUGCGACUCAGAUGGUGUGCGUCGACUUUGCGAAGCUACAUGGGGCGUCAGCACGAAGAAGGAGGGUGGUACAGGCAUUGGCGCUGGCGAAGGCGAUAUUCGUGGAGUCAUGGUCAUGUCUGAGUGGGUAGCAGGACGGCUGAAGUCAUCACACGAUUUCAGGUCAAAGGAAAGGCCACAUCUAACAAAGAAAUGGAUUGAAGAUAACUUCAUUAACGACUUGAAGCAUGGCGGUGGAGCUGCGCGCAGCUUAGGGCGAGGGGGUGCGAAGGAUGUUGUCGAUCGAGUCUUCAAGGAGGGAGCUGGCUUCCCCAAGCAACCUGAGACAACAGACCUGCGGACGGCGGCUGCUCGAGCAAAGACUGGUGUUGUCGGCGUUGCUGAAGCGGCGAAGCGGCGGGCAAUGGACCGUCUGAGAGAAAUGGUCGAUACGAGCGGCGACUGUGACCGCAUCGUGACUGACUGCUUCACCGCAUACCCCGAGAGGCCAUUCCAAGACGACACACUCCUCAGCAAGCCCACCGCCGCCUACGAAUGGCUCCAUUUCCACGAUACCCUCUCCUCCGCCGUCCACAGCUCGCAAGAAUGGGAGCUCUUCCCCUACCUUUCCCAAUCCGUCCUCGCUUUUCACGACCUGUUCGCCUCUCCUCGCCACGAAGUUUCAAACCCGACAGUCGACCCCGAUGCUCAGACCCUACCCUUCUCAGGCCCAGGCGCAAGCUUCGCAGCGGCAGAACAACAUAAAGCCAGUCGAGCACAACUUAUGGGUCUGCAGUCGUCGCUCAGUCUACCUCUGACGAGACUGUUCAGGAGUCCCGAAGAGAUGGCAACAGAACUCAUACCCUACACAUUACGUAUGCUCUCGCCGGACGUGAAGCCUGUCAUCGUCAAUAGCGGCCCUGCAGGCUCGAAGUCAAACGCUACAGCUGCAGUACGUAAGUCUUCUGAAAAAGCACUUGUCAAGAAAGCCGUUGAGGCUAUGGCCGCGACAGGAGUGCGCUUUGAGCGCAGUAGAGUAGAGGUCGAAGAUGUGAUGAACCGCAGUUGUGGUUUUGUAUUCCGCAUGGAGCCUCCUCUCGACACACUCGCAAGCUUCGAAACACUAGCCGGCAAGAAGGACGACAAAGUUCGCUAUGCAGUGCGCAGUGUGCUAGAGAUGGAGUGGAAAAAAGAGUCCGCACGAAUCAAUAUGGAGAACCGGAAGCGGCGAGGUGGGCAAGAGAACGAGGAAGUCCUGGUACAGGAGGAGAAGGAGGAGGAUGUUGCGAAGAAGCUGGAAGAGGCUAACAAGAAGGCUGUGAAGAGGGAUUUUUUCGGUAGAAUUAUCAAGGAGAAGCCGCCUGUUGAGGGUGAGAUCAGGAAGAAGACAAAGCGGGAGGGUGAUGAGGACAGGAUAUGGGUGAGCUUUCACGAGGGUUUUUCGAAUGCCGUCAGGAAGCCGAUUACCAUCGAUGAGCUAUUCAGAGGGUUGUAA